AAGUUGAUGGAAAAUCUGCCUUCUUGACACGGAGUGAAACAUCUUUUUAGCAUUUUAAUGUUUAUUUUUGCUAGUGACUCUUAUCUUUUCCAUGUGUCGGUAUGAUUAAAGCAAUUUUAGUAUUCAACAAUCAUGGCAAGCCAAGGAUGUCCCGAUUUUACCAAUAUUACCCUGAAGACAUACAGCAACAAAUAGUGAGAGAGACAUUCCACCUUGUCUCGAAGAGAGAUGAAAAUGUCUGCAACUUCCUCGAGGGUGGAACGCUGAUAGGAGGUGCUGAUUAUAAACUUAUUUACCGUCACUACGCCACACUGUAUUUCGUAUUCUGUGUCGACUCGUCGGAAAGUGAGCUCGGAAUUCUGGACUUGAUCCAGGUCUUUGUGGAGACACUGGAUAAAUGUUUUGAAAAUGUUUGUGAACUGGAUCUCAUUUUCCAUGUCGACAAGGUUCACUACAUUCUUGCGGAGCUGGUUAUGGGUGGGAUGGUUUUGGAAACCAAUAUGACGGAAAUUCUCACACGAAUAGAGGAACAAAACAAGCUGGAGAAACAAGAGGCUGGCAUCGCUGCUGCCCCAGCUAGAGCCGUGUCUGCGAUGAAGGAAAUGAACAUUCCCCAGAAAAUAAAAGACAUUAAAUUGCCUGACCUUCCGUCGAUAGGCAACCUCAAGUUCUAGUGCAGUAUCUCGAUGUUUAUCACCCAGGCGACUUGCAGAUACUCUGUUUAUCGGGUACUUUGUGUAUCAAGAUACUUUGUUCAUUGUAUUCUGUGAUGCAACAGGAUAUUUAUAGAUAAAUGUAUGUGUACUAGUGGCAGAGUUGGCCGGUAUAUCAUAUAUAUAUAUAUAUAUCGUUCGGUAUCAAUAUUGUAACACAGAUACUCCAUUUAUCACAUACUUUGUGUAUCAAGAUACUUUGUUCAUUGUAUUCUGUGAUGUAACAGGAUAUUUACAGAUAAAUGUAUAGUAGGUUGUCUCUCUCAUACCGUUGACACACCAAAUACGGUUCUGUUCAAUGCAUUUUGAUGUGUACUGAUCCGUAUUGGGAAUCGCCAUUGACACACCGCCGCUCAAUGCAGAUCAAAAUGGAUCAAUCCGUUUUGGACCGAGACACACUAGGAAUUGAGGUCAUACAAUAAAUGAAGAAGAAAGGAAGGAAAUGGUUUAUUUAAGGAUGCACUCAACACAUUUUAUUUACGGUUAUAUGGCGUCAGACAUAUGUUUAUUGACCACACAGAUAUUGAGGAAGGAAACCCACUGUUGCAAUUUCAUGGGCUACUGUUUCCGAUUAGCAGCAAGGGAUUCUUUUAUAUGCACCAUCCCACAGACAGGGUAAUACAGACCAUGGCCUUUGAUAUAUCAGUCAUACAAUAAUUGACGUCAUACAUUUUACAGGGUUGUGGGACACUGGGAAGUUCCUUCUGGCUCUAAAAACAACGAGUGACAAGACACUAUACAAAUUUAGCGUGUUGAUAACAGUACCAUCAUUAAGAACAACACUAGCCUUCAUCGUCGUGUACAAGCAUGUUUUCUAAAAAAAAAUAUUCGCUUGAUGUGUUGCUUCCUUGUGGAAUUAUCAUGAAAAAAAGAAGAAGUCCUAUCUGGAUCAAAACACAUUAAUCUGUUUUGAAGUUUGGUGUAUCAACAGUAUAAAGACUACAACAAAAUUAUCAAAAUGUUUGAUAUCAAUUAGCCGAUGAUCUAGUGGUGUCGUUAAACAAAACAAACUUUUAUCCAGGCAUUCUGCAAUACCGUACUGGGCUUGAACACAAUGGCAGCAUUAAAAUUAAGAUUUAAAACUUUCACAAAUUGGUUUGUCGAGCUGUCAGUUCUUUCCUUUCGUAAUUAAGGAUACAUAUUCAACAUGGGAUGUUACGGAAGGAUACCAGGGGCCCAUUUCACUAAACAUUGUAAGUUUACGUCUGCUACUAGCAGUUAUACCGGCCGUGCGUUUGCACGUGUUUAGCAUCAAAUUCUCGCAGAGAAGUACAUCAUUACGGAAGCUGGAGCAUUUUAAAGACAAAAGAAAACGAAAUAUAUGUUCUUCAAACUAUAUUUGUUGUACUAUAAUAGUAAUAAAAAGUGUGGUUUAGUCGUAGGUUUGCGUUUACGUGCAAAACUAGGCUUACGAUGUUUUGUGAAAUUGGGCCCUGGACAUUUUCAUUGCCAUUCACAAUGUCCGAUUUUCUACCAGUGUAUCAAAUGCGGUGGUAUGUGCUAUCUUGUCUGUGGGAAAGUGCAUAUAAAAGAUCCCUAGCUUCUAGUGGCAAAAUGUAGCUACAUGUCAGAAAUUACCAUAUGUUUGACAUCCAAUAGCCGAUGAUUAAUAAAUCAAUGUGCUCUAGUUGUAUCGUUAAACAAAAUAAGCUAUAACUUUUAUCCUGUUCAUGCAUAUCCGUGUGUUUAGUGAAGGUGGCCAUAUUUUCCCCCCUCAAAUAGAUAAAAGUUAAAAAAAAACAAAACAUACGGCUUAACAUAAUGUUUAAAAACUGUACAAAGAUAUUCAUUGGUAUUAAACAAAGUCUACAUGUCAUGAGACUUAUCACUGUCACUGUUAAAGGUACACUUCCUCAGAAGUAGACAAACUACAAUAAUUUAAAACAGACGGCUUAACAAAGAUUUGAAUAUGUAAAAACUGUACAAAUGCAUGAAUCAUUGGUAUUAAAUAGUCUACAUGUCA